UUGUUUCUUGGUUCUUGCGCAUUUGACAUGUUGUGACACUUAUUUUCUUUUACUAACUACUUAGGAGCUCGGUGAUGAACUGACAAUCUGACAAUCUGACUUAAACUACCAGAUGACAAGUCACGAUGUCACCCCAUCGCACUGAAAGUCGGGGUGGCAGGAGGUAUACCGGCCAGACUGCGCCGAACGUCCUCUCUCUCUCUGAUGGUCUUGAGCUUUGUAAAGUGAGUGGUGCGCGGUGCCGAGCGGUGGUCCAAGCUGCGGCGUCUGAUCUGCGUGUCGCGAUGAUGGGGGGCACAUGUCUCGGCCUGGGGGCCGUGUUAUGCACCGGGGUGGUGCCUGGCUCGGGGCUGGGGUCCGCUUUGGGGAAUCUUUUUGGUGGUAUUUGGUUGCUCUUGGUGAGGCUUUUUUUUACAUGACUAAGCUGGAUUCUCCAGCAUUGUGUGGUGUAGUGUGAGUGGGUUGGAGACUGGCGUUCGACUUGGCAGGUCUUGAGAGGUGUCAAAAAAUAGGGUAAAAAAGAGUUGAGACGCGUUUCAUCUCCAU